GUUCAAUCCCGUCGGCCCAGGUUUUUUUCGUGCUUUGAAAGAAGCCGUCGUUCCAGGUUGACCGCAACUCCACCGUCAAAUCCACGAGGUUGGCAGACGCGCACAUCUAUAAAUAGCUAGCCAAGUUUUCUUUUCCCUCUGUCUUUCUUUCUCUCUCCUCUUCCAAGGUGGGCGAAAAAUCAGAAAAGAAAGGAGAAGCGAACCAGAACCAGCAAUGGCGGAGAGUCCGAGCACGUUGGAGUCCAUCAGGAAGUGGGUCGUGGAGCACAAGCUCCGCACUGUCGGAUGCCUUUGGCUCAGCGGAAUCGGGAGUUCGAUCGCGUACAACUGGUCUCGGCCUAAUAUGAAAACCAGCGUCAAGAUCAUCCACGCGAGGCUGCACGCUCAGGCUCUUACCCUGGCUGCCUUAGCUGGAGCUGCGGUGGUUGAGUACUAUGACCAUUCAAAAGGAUCGAAGGUGGAUAAAUAUGCAAAUCAAUUCUUAGCGCACUCGCAAAAAGAUUGAAGAUACAUGGCUACCACUUUCUUCGUUGCUUCAUUCAUUGGAUCUACCAUACAAUUUCAUCGGACACAGACACCAUUGAUGUUGAUUUUUGGUUAGAAUGAGCAGGCCUGCCAUGAGUGACUUGUGUCACAGAUAUCCUAGACUAAUUAAUAUGGCUUUAAAAUCAUUUAGUAUUCAAGGCAUAAAUAUAGUUAAAAAAGUCAAAAAGUGCGAUUAUGUGGGAUGCACUAAACACGGAUCAUAUAUUGUUUGUUGAUUGUUGAUGGAAACAAAUUGAUAGUUAUUAUAUGUUGAAUUGUUAACAUGGUGCUAUCUUUUCCCGAA